GGAACUCGAUCACUUACUUUGUGAAAGGACUUACUCUAUUGUGAAAGGACUCGAUCGUGGUUGAUGCAUUGAAAGUACCUUUGAGGUCAUGGUAUCGAGAUACUACAGCUCAUCUUCCUAUGUAUCAGAUCCUUCCUCUCCUCUCCUUCCCACAGACUUAGUCGUGUAUAGGUUUUUUUGGACAGGUCGUUGGACACUCGUUGAUCGGGUGCGUGGUGAAACUGAAUUUUGGUAACCAAUUGGUUCUACUAUCACACAUGUAUAGUAUGAGUUUGUCUCCUUCUUAGAGAAUAGAUGCAUAUAGUUGAUUCAACACUAAGAGUAAAAGGGGGUAUGGUAUUACUUAAUUCUGCAUGUUGCAAUAAAGAUGAACGCGACGACCGUGCUUGCACACUUUUACGCAAAGAUCGGCGCAUAGCAUUCUUUGUUGGGAAGAAAGAUCGGCGCAUAGCAUUCUUUGUUGGGACAUUCUUUGUUGGGAAACAGGAGACGGGAGUUUGCUUAAAUUCUAGCAGUGGGCUGCGCUCGUAGAAGUGAAUGGGUGAACAACAACACGAUUUUUCUGGUCAAGCAAGGCAAGCCAUCUUCUACCAUCCAGGAUUAGUAAAACCACUGCCUAGCCGCGGCCGCCAACAACCUAGCACAAGAUGUUUUCCGGUCUCGUUCAAGCCAAGGAUCAUUACCGGAAAGAUUUUUCCAAGCCUCAGAAUGAAAUUGGAUCGGUUGUUGGUAUCGGACAAAGCGAUUAUGAGCAUCUCAAGCAAAUCGUCGGUGACCGUGGAGGUCACAAGGCUGAGGAGUCCCAUCGUGUGCGGGCUCCGGCGCCUAUGGCCGCCAUUGCAGCCAACUAUGGUUUAGUGCCGACGAUAAGGAAGCGAUGUACUUUAUACUUUAUUAAGUUUGUGCAUGAGUAGUUUUUUGGUUCCACUUCAGUUACUUACUUUCUUCUACAACUAUUGAGCGGAUCUUCUACAACUAUUGCGAAUGUGGUAUCAAACAGUCAUGUUCCUUUUUAGAUACUGUAGAUCGUCACCCCAAAUCCAAAAACAGCGGACGGAGAUGAGAGUCCUAGUGCGCGACUGCUGUCACCGAAAGCACGGACACCAGCACCGCAGUCACCCACAGCAAAAUCGGAGAUAGGGGGCUUGCUUCGAGGCGAUGAUACGACUGAGGUAUUCUUUUUUCACCUUCGGUAGGCGGGGUACAAGUCAUACACAUACGUUAGUUGCUCAUCAAGCUCAUCAAGAACCUGCCAAAAUCACACUCAUCAGCAUCAUCCUGUUGUCAUUGCUUUUACGUUGUUUUUUCCACAGCCUCCGGAUUCGCCUGAUAGCCCUACUGGGAAGCCGCCAGGUGGACUUGCCGGUAUGCUUGGGAAGGCGAAGGCAGCAGAGGGUGGAGAUGCGGCUGCUGUUAUGACUGAAAGGUCGGGUCUUUUUUGGGUUUCGGGUUGUUCAGGAGGAGCUACCUACUAGCUGAGCAACAUGAUCCACCUUCUUCCUCUAACUACAUCCCGACAACACCUCCCUUGGAUGACGGUGGUGUUCCCUUUGAGAUUAAGACAAGACGUCAAAGACUCUACGAAGACCGGCUUGCGCAGAUUAGUGACUACGCCGGACGAAAACGAUUCAUCGACUUCUGUACUGAGUUUCUGGAUGUCGUGAGGAGUGGAGACUUCACGAAAUCAGUGCGAAUGCUGGACACCAUCCAGCAAGUCGAUCGGGCCAGGGAUGAGAGUUCUCCUGGCGGUCGAACGUUUUUCCAGCAGACACGAUUGCUGAACAAUCAGGAGAAAAACUACAAGACGUACGAUGACGCGUUAUUCGAAGUGGUCAAUUACAUUUAUGAAAAGAGGGUGAAGCUUGGUUGUAGUGGAUAGAGUUGUACAUGAAAGAAGUAGACUUUCGUGAGAUUGAUAAGCUGAUACUUACAAGAUUUUUACAUGAAAGAGAAAGAAGUUCUUCGAGUGAUAGGGUCUUAAUAACUUCACCAUCUUCUACCUACAACUAGCCAGCUCUAACCGUCCGACCCCCGCAACCAGUUCACGGCCCUUUUGUGGGCCUGUAUGCACGACAAUCACAGAAUUGCAGACUUGCUCUUGACCGUGAAAGCCGAUCCGCAAGUGCAGCAUCCGUUGAAAAAGUGUGUGAUAUGGAAUAGACCAAGAUGUGCCGAAGUUUUGAUACGUCAUGGUGCAGACAAGUUGCAGAGAGACGAAAAGGGAAAGAUUCCAUUCGAAUAUUUGGGAAGUAAACGGAUACAGAAUCUAGGGUAUUGAUUGUUACGAUUCAUUUUGAGGAGUAGCGUCUGGGACUUUCUUAUGCAACUACCCCUGCUCGAUGGUUCGAAAUAGCUUUUCCAACUUUUCAGCUUUUCAAUUUGAACACAACCACCACCACCCAUCCACAACACAACCACAACCACCACAACAUUACAUCCCAACAUCCACAGUCUGGGGGGCAGCAUGGUAACUGGUAAUUCGGCGAAGAAUAAGCGUCUAGAAGCUCGGGUUUUCGACUUGGCUUCGCAAAAGGCUGCUGAGAAGAACCUCUUCUUAGACGACGACCAUGUCUUCAUGAAAGAACUGCUGAAACCAACCGAAGAUUAGGGCUCAACUUUCAUUGGUCAUUUUUCGGGUUGGUCACUCAGAUCGGCGUCAGGGGACCCCCUGACGAGAGAACAGGGGAAAACUAAGUCAGUGGGUUGGCCUCUGACAUCAAAGAGGAGACCCCCUGGCGAGAGAACAGGGGAAAAUGAAGGGAAACUAGGGGAAAAGGGGGAGGCUCUGUAAGGGGCCUUGAUGUCCGUUCAGAGUCAGUGACCAAUGAAUUUCGAGCUUUAAGCAGAAGACUUCAUCUUUAUGGAGAAGAAACAGCGAGAGGCAGAGUUGAGACCGGUUAAGCUGUGGGCCGGAUGUUUGGAGGAAACAAGUUUCGUCCAGGACUUGACGGAACCACCGCAUUUCUUUGUGAUUACGGCAGACAAAGCAGUGGACGUGCAGAAUCUAAGGGUUACCACAUUGCAUUCUUCACUACCAUCCUUGACUUUUUUCCAGUAGGAAAAGGGUCAGGGAUGAUCUGGAGAAUGCAAUGUCGCAACCUCUAAAGAAUAGUACGGGUGGUAGAGCAUUCAAAGCGAUGCCAGGGACAAUAUGGCAGCAGUUGGCAAUUGAACCAGUGCCGGGGGAGCCGUUGCAGCAUUGGGUACUUCUACUUGUAGUUUUCACUAUCAUGUGAUUCGUUUUUAUAGUACUAGCUUUGGCUGCUCGAGUAGACGAGCCGUCAUAUCAACAAGUACAACUCUAUACGUUUCCCAUUUUGAGGCAUCUUCACGAUCCUCCCCCUCUCUCAAUCAACACCUUUCCAAACCUACCCCUCUCUCAACAGAUCAAGAUCUCCAACGGUCUCCACCCUUCAUCUGCGCAAUUGGCGGGAAAUACCAAUGCUAGUUAUCCUACGUCAGUUACGGCUUCCCCUAAUCCAUCUUCCGAAGCAUCUUAGCGACGUUUUCAAGGGGAAAGCAGUCUCAGGAUGGACUUGGAGAUGGAUUAGGGUGAGCUCUAAGUCAGGCUGGGUCUUAUGGGACCGUAGACAAUGGCAUCAUGAAGCUACACGACUUGGCAUCAGUGGUACUGGGAAGAGUUCUAAAACAUUGCACAAAGAAAUGAGCAUGGCGAUGGUCAACAUGAAUCUGGCGAGUGCGCAACAAAGUUUAUGGCUCAUGGGUUAAAAACAGAACUGAACUUUCUCUCGAACUUCGUCAUUAUAAUUUGCCAUGAGAGUUAGACCACUAGUAUACAUCACGCAUUUUUACCUUUCAAAUUUCCAGUAAUGAAUCAGUACACUUUGUUCUAGAUCUGGGUAGCAUUAGAUUUCCACCUGCUGAGCACAGUGAGCAGUCUAAUCCGGGACGCGUGGCGAUCCGUUCCCGCGAUGAUGCCAAUCCAGAUCUUCAACAGCACUUACAGGAAAAUCGUAACACCUAAAGGCGCUGUGCCGAUUAAGGCGAGGUCCGGACCCACGCUGGCAAAUUGUUGCAUUGUGCAUGGUCCACCGUACAAAUUCGGCGAAAACGUACUCUGUAGCGGUCAAAUCGUGCUAGAUGGCGGAUGGGUUUUCUAUCAGGUAAAAACCCGGAACUACGGGAGCAUAGGUCAUGAGAAGCCUGGGAGCGGGUGGAUAUGCGCUAGGGCGAAGGAUUAUGUCACGGUGGUGCUGAAGACGUAAUUCAUGAGCGCUUAACAUGAUGUGCAUAGGAUGGUCUAAUUUUGAUUUUCAUUUUUUGCAUUCCAUAUUCCAUAAAUGAACAGCUUACCUUGCGCAUCCCCAUUCUGACGCACGAACCGAUCCCAUAGUGUCUAUUCCACAAAAAUGAACCUCAUUCCAGGAUGAUCCCUAUUCCUUUUUUUGCUGAGUUGUCUCAAGAAAUGCACGAAAUAAUGCCUGCAGCCGACAGACACGGCGCGACACCAGGGGAACACCGACUGGAUUCAC